CCAUAGGUGCGUUGUGUGGACGGGUGACAACAGAGUCUUUUUCUACAAUCCAAGCACUCGAACCUCUCUCUGGGAAUGCCCUCAAGAUCUUCAAAACCGUUCGGAUGUGGAAAAGCUAAUGAAAGGACCGCCGAAAGCGUCGGACUCGGAGUCGGGAGAAAAACGAGUGAAUGAGACGAAAGAAGAGAAACCUAACAAAAAGCAAAAAAAAAUUGAAGAAAACGAAGAGAAAGAGAAAGAUGCGAAGAAAGACGGGACGAGUGAAGCGGAACUGUUAGCCGCGAAACAGAGAGAAACGAUUCCCGUGGAGGAGAGAAUCAAUAUGUUUAAGGCGAUGCUCAUUGAGAAAGAGGUGUCUGCGUUCUCCACGUGGGAGAAAGAGUUGCAUAAAAUUGUUUUCGACGCCAGAUAUCUGAUACUCACUUCACGCGAACGAAGACAAGUGUUCGAGAAGUAUGUGAAAGAAAGGGCCGAAGAGGAGCGCCGAGAGAAGAGGCAGCGAUUGAGGCAACAAAAGGACGACUACCGGAAACUCCUGGAGAGCGCCGGUUUGGGCCCGAAGUGUUCGUUCGGCGAAUUCGCUCAAACUUACGGCAAAGACGAGCGCUUCAGGAAUAUUGAGAAAAUGCGUGAAAGAGAGUCUCUUUUCAAUGAUUUUAUAUCUGAUUUAAGGAAAAAAGAGAGGGAAGAGAAG